ACAAUGGAUGAUGAGUCGGAUUCAAAAGAGUGCGACAAGAAAUAGCGGCAAUGAUACGAAGAGUCUCCACCACCUCAUGUCUCUCCGCCACAGCUUUUAGAUCAUUUACGAAAUGGUCUUUUAAUUCCUCUCAAUUUCUCGGCGAGUCUCUCGAUUCCUCUGUCUCACCUCUUCUCAUCCCCGGCGUCCACGUCUUCCAUUGUCCGGAUGUGGUUGGGAUUGUAGCUAAACUAUCAGAUUGUAUUGCUGCUAAAGGAGGAAACAUUCUUGGUUACGAUGUUUUUGUUCCUGAGAACAAGAACGUCUUCUACUCUAGAAGUGAGUUUAUAUUUGAUCCAGUAAAAUGGCCAAGGAGCCAGAUGGAUAAAGAUUUUCAAACUAUUGCACAAAAGUUUAGUGCUAUGAGCUCAGUAGUACGAGUGCCCUCUUUAGACCCCAAAUACAAGAUAGCUCUUCUACUGUCGAAACAGGAUCAUUGUCUGGUUGAAAUGUUACAUAAAUGGCAGGAUGGAAAACUUCCCGUCGAUAUAACAUGUGUGAUAAGUAAUCAUGAAAGAGCUCCAAACACUCAUAUUAUGCGGUUUCUCCAGAGGCAUGGCAUCUCUUAUCAUUAUUUGUCAACUACCGAUCAGAAUAAAAUAGAAGAGGAGAUUUUUGAAUUGGUUAAGGAUACCGAUUUUCUAGUUCUCGCUAGAUACAUGCAGCUACUAUCUGGUAACUUCUUGAAAGGUUAUGGAAAAGAUGUAAUCAACAUCCAUCAUGGCCUCUUGCCAUCAUUCAAGGGACGAAAUCCCGUGAAACAGGCAUUUGAUGCAGGUGUGAAACUAAUUGGUGCAACAACUCACUUUGUUACAGAGGAACUUGAUUCAGGUCCUAUCAUUGAACAAAUGGUUGAGAGAGUUUCCCACCGAGACAAUUUGAGGAGCUUUGUCCAGAAAUCAGAGGACCUUGAGAAAAAGUGUCUCAUGAAAGCUAUAAAAUCUUACUGCGAACUGCGAGUAUUGCCUUACGGGACACAAAAGACUGUCGUAUUCUAAUACAGUCUACAUGAAAAUCUCUGGCAUGUCUCUCACCUGAUUCUUCAUAUGAACUUCUCUCACUCAUGCAAACAUAUACAUACCACUUCUCUACAAAUUUUUGAUUCUUCAUAGCUUACAAGUCAAUGUUUUGGCUUUGCAAAUCAUAAACUGAAUCAUUGGAAAUAAAAAGUUCAAUUGAGA